ACAAGCUCUGCAGAACCACCGAUCAAUCACCUCCGCUCCCGACCACUUCUGAGCACAACCACCUUCUCAAGAGCCAUCAAUCAAUCUCCUAGUUUCUAUCUCUCUCCAUCUUAUCUUCUCCCUUAUCAAAAAAAGUAUCCCCAGAAGCUAUGAUUGAGAGAGAUAAGACUAGGGUUUCUUCACAGCUAAAGCAAACAUCAAAUCAAGGAGCUGUAAAAUUGAAUUGUAGAAGGGGUUUGUCAGAAAACGUGUUAUUGAGUAACCAGGUACCUGCAAAACUGCACUGCAAAACAAGGAAAGGAGGGAGAAAGAGGAGCAGCAAAACAUUGGAUUGUUGUGCCUAAGCCCGGUUUAUACUGGCAGUAUCGUACUCGAACCUCUUAAAAUUUCUGAUACUUUCCAUGACUAAUUGUUGAAACUGUAACCUCUCUUUUUGGCAUCGAAUCUCUGAACUUUUGAUGCUCUCUGGCUUAACUGUCGACACUAUGGAAUGCUAUAACAUGUUUGCUUGCUGAAAUAGUAUUUCACGUAACCUUGUCAAACACCUGCAACAUAUAACAUCUAUGUGCUUGAUCCUGUGACAUAUGAGUAACCCAUUCACUCACCAAAAUUGUCAUUUCGCUAUGUGUAUCUCAAUCUCUGAAAAACACCGUGUCUGCAUAUAUCCACGAAUCUGUUAUCGUAAGCUUCAUCUUUGGCCUGGCCUGGGCAAUUGUUGCUAAUUUAGGUGUUGUAACAUAGUGUUUGGAUUGUCCUUAAGGCUGCGAUAGUGAUCAACUGCUAGCCAAUCCUGCAGAGCUGAAUUGCUCUUAUUUCAGCUGCAUCAUACCUGAUGUUGCACUGUUUUCAAAUAUAAUUAGCAGCUUUGAGUCAAUCAUCUGUAGGAAUUUUUGUAGCAUGAAGUGUGCUACUGCCAGUUAACUAGCAGUUUACAGUUCAGUUUGUCGGCACCCUGUAUCAGUGCAAGCAUUAUCGCAUCCCAUCCCCUGCUCAUUGGUGCACUAGGUGCAGUUGUUAUUGCUCUCACCCUGUUUGUCUCCCUGCAACAUAUCAUUUCACAAUCAGUCGCGGUUACGGUUUCAUAUUUGCUGGUAUUCACUUUUCUGGGUACUGAAAUUCUUUUAAGUAACCAGGUACCUUCGAAACUGAAGCAACCAACCAAAAAAGGAAAGGAAGGAAGAAGCUGGGAAAAUAAAUCUAAUUCGUUGGUCUUCUCUCUGUGUCGUACUGGAGGUAAGUUUCUCAAAAAUACUCGGUACAACUGAGUCUCCUUCGGUUGCUCCAUCUGAGUUUUUUUGAAUUUUGUUUUAGUAAAAAGAGCUUCAUAAUUUGAUAAUCAAAUGCGAGCAGGCCACUCGUUAGGAUAACAGUAACAUCAUUUCUAAAUCAAAUAGAAACAACCAUUUAGGACAGUUAGGCUUUGUAUACUUUGUGAUUACUGUAAGAAAAAGAACAAAAACAUUUCAUGGCAGGAUUUUGGUCUGCAACUGGGGAUAAGAACAAAUCCAUUAGAGAACUUGUUUACGGGCAUGCUUCACGUUAUGAGCCUCCCACAGACCAUGAUGUCAAUAGUUAUAGGGAUUGUUAUGGACAUUUUCAUAGUCCUGAGCCUCAAUACUUGAACCCUAAUGAUUAUUCGCACAUGUAUGAUUCACCACAGGAAGAAAAUGAACAUUUUUGUAAUGCCCAGCUCACACAAUCAUCACUUUUGGAUCAGUUAGAAGCUCAAAUCACAGCCUUAGAAAUGCAAAUAUAUGAUAUCACGUCUCAUGCAUCUAGGCAAGUUGAAGUUUCUGUUUGUGCCUUUUGUGACAGCAAACAACAUGUAAUCGAGCAUUGCCCUGAAAUGCAUGCUUGUACCUUGUGUGGUAGCUUAGGCCAUAUUAUUGAGAACUGCCCUGUUUUGCAUGAUUUUAGGCAGUCUAGAACACAUCAUGUUGCUGGCUUCUAUCAAAUGCAAGAUAAUCAUCCCUACUCACAGACUUGCAACUCAGAAUGGAGAAAUCCCUAUUACAAUAUUGAUAAUAAUGAAUUGAAUUUUGAAAAUAGCAUGUCUAGUCCUCCCCAUGUGUCUGAUAUUGAAUAUAAACCUAAUGUAGAGGUGAACGAGUGGACCAAGGACCCCAAAUAUGGUGAUAGGGACGAGUAUGCAUAUUACGCGGAUGAUGAUAUUAUGUUAGAAGAGCUAGUUCUUCUUGAAGAGUCAAUUUCGGAGUCAUGUGACUCUGAAACUCCAGACCAUAAUGUAGAGACUCCCAUUGAUGAUGUUUCUUCUAAUAUUCAUAUUCAUUGCAGUUCAGAUGAUUUUGGUACUGAUUUACGGGUUGUGCAGUUGUCCUGUGAAGAAGAGCAUAAUACACAACUUGUGUGUGACUUAGGAAAGAUUCAAUUUUCUGUUGACACUAAUGUUCUUAUGCAUGAAAUUAAAUUUGAUGUGUAUGAUUCUCUGCCUAGGCCGCAGUGUGAUGUUUCUUCUGAUUUGCCGAUGCAUGAGAAUAAAUCUGUUGAUGAUGCUGAUGAUACUGAACUAGGGUUUGCUAAUCUGUUCAAUGACUGUGAGCAUGAUUUACCUGUUUCUGACUUAGGGAGAGUAUGUGAUGGUACUAAUGACCUUUUACAUAACUUAGAUGUGCCUACCUCCCUGCCCAUGUCACAAACUGAGACUACUCCACCCAACCUAGAUUUGGUUUGUGACAAAAUUGUAAAACCAACUUUUUUGAGAAUACCUAAUCUAGGAUUGGAACUGUGUGCUUCUCAAGUUCUUUUGGACCAUUUUGCAGCUAAAUAUAAUGUGUUUAAGAAGCCACAAUUGGAAUACGCUCUUGUGUCUCUGCCUGUUCCUAACACAGUUCAUUUUGAACUAGACCUUAUGCAUGAUGAAUCUCCAAAACUGCAAGAUUUUGUGUCCAAAAGUACAUGUGUUGAAAAAUCUAGGUAUGGGGGUAGCUCAUUUUGUUUUGCAGUUCUGUCCUAUUAUAAUUGUGUGAGGCUACUAAAAUUUCCGCAUUCUGUCUUUUGGGUUGAUCCUCAACUGUUUCGAUUGUUAAUGUAUGGUGAAUUCCCCCUGUGUAUAAUCCAGUAGGUAAUGUUAUAUUUUCUAUCUUGAGUCAGUUGAGUCUUCUUCUAGUUUGUAUAUAUUGUGCUAAUCCAAUAUGAUCUCAGAUAAAAAUGUUGGAUUCUAGCCUUGAAUAAUGAAGCUCUAAUCUUGCUUUCGCUGACAUCCGGUACUCUCUCACCUUUUCUCUACUCAGCAUAGUUCUCAUGGUAUAAUUCUUAUCAUCUUUUGAAACAUUGAGGACAAUGUUAGAUUUAGGUUUGGGGGUGUU